AUGCUGCGUAGGCGACAAAGAAAACGAACGAAAUCUGAUCCGAUCCGAAAAGCACAAGCCCAGGGAGUCGGAAAAGGAGAGGAGGAGGUGGCAGGAAGAGGAGGAAACAAGCCAAAGGAAAAGAUCAAAAUCCCCAGUCGAUCAGCGGACCCGAUCGAAGACAACUGGGCAUUUCAAUCGCUCGGCCAUGGCUGCAGAGCCGAUCGUCCGGCAUGGCUUGUUGCUGCUGGAAUUCGCCCGUUUGACAGCGCGCCAGGGCAGCGAGCUGGUCGCUACGCACUAGACUCAGGCAUUGGUAUGGAUGGCGAACCCUGUGGACGGAACACCUCCUCUGCCAUGCUGCAUUUGACCCGCCAUACGGUAUGUCUCGAUGGGGACGAAAUUUCGGGCUCUCCUCACCAGUUUUCCACUGUGAUUGCAGUGCUGGGGGAGGCUGCCUGA